AUGGACUACUCAGAAGGAAUGGAUGACUCAGCUGCCAUUUUCUAUAUUGGCCAACAUGAGUCGAAGCGCAGCCUCGAUGUGUCGCCGGAACUGGUCCAGCACGCCCAAGAUCUCGGAUAUGAUAUGCUCACGAGCCCAAUAACAAACGACCACUUCCAUAACCGUGUUCUCGGCAUCCUCAACUCGUACUCUCAAUCCCUUGCCGAGUCUCCAGCGCAGCCGCUGCCCUUGAUACCUGCACUGGACAAUUUCGACACACCUCUUGGUCCAACCGACAUCAUCGGCCAGCUCGUAACUUUUGCUAGCCCAUGGAUUGACCUGUCCUCGCCCGAUCCACUUAUCGCCCAUCUGUCGCGACAAGUCUUUCACCUCGAAAUUGCCUUUGCCGCAUUCUGCGGUGUCACAAAUGUUGUUGUGCCAGGUCCGAGACUCGCUCAUGGACAGACUGGUGUGUCUCAAUAUGCUCGCUCGAUCAAAGAGGCCCUCGUUACGGGGUCUUACCUUCAGCUCCAUAUCCAACUACCCAUAGACGGCAAGCAGCCAGAACCUACUGAAGCGGACGUCGGAGACCUAGCACGCUUCGCAAGACCAGAGUUUGAGCCCAGUCCCGAGGCAAAGAACAUCAACUCGUGGAGCUCGUGGGAUGCGUGGAAUACCAUCAGGUCCAUUUGCAACUACCACAGCAGACUGUCAAUCAUGCUUGAUCUCCCGCGCCGACUUCCGUCGCUUUCACUUCAGUCGCGCUGGUUCUCAGAACCCGUCAGACUACUCAAUCUAUCGGCAUCGUCCUUUUUGGUCAAUGCUCGUCAAUCCUUCGUGCUGUCAAAGGCACACCAAGUCUUCAUCUUCCGGGCUAUGCGCCUGCAGCGCGGGCCUUGGCUACUCAUCUCGGACGUCGGCCCACUCCCAGGCAUUGACGACCCAGACAUGAUCAUGUCGUAUUCUACAGGCCAUCUCUCUCCUCACACGGUAGAGGACGCACCAAGUCCUGCUUCCUCGACGGCCGCACCCACUCCGGCCGAAGCAGCUCAAAUGGCAAAGAAAUCACCAAAAAAGAGCAGCAGCAGCAAUGACCCUACACCACACCUAAGUUACAUGCGGUACCUGCAGCGUAACCAACCUCCCAAAAGCCAGAUUGAACGCUUUGGUGGUGGCUUCCAGGACUACCUCCAGAGCCCACUGCAGCCCUUGACAGACAAUCUGGAAUCCAUUACUUAUGAGGUGUUUGAGAAAGACCCAAUCAAAUACGCAUGGUACGAGCGAGCCAUUGCACAGGCGCUACGCGAUUGGCAUGCACAACAGAAGUCGACAAGCUCAGAAAAUGGCGCCGUCGUCAUUGCAGUCGUAGGAUCUGGCCGCGGACCACUCGUAACACGUGCACUCAAUGCGAGUGCGAGCUCCGGUGUCCCUGUGAAGGUAUAUGCAAUUGAAAAGAACCCGAACGCCUACGUCCUGUUACAGCGCCGUAACAUUGAGACUUGGGGCGGACGUGUCACAGUUGUCAAGACGGACAUGAGGGCCUGGAAAGGGCCAUCGAAAGCAGAUGGCACAUUUGGCCAGGUUGACAUUCUGGUGAGUGAGCUGCUUGGGUCUUUUGCCGACAACGAGUUGUCGCCAGAGUGUCUCGAUGGUGUCCAGCAUGUUUUGAACCCCACUCAUGGCAUCUCGAUACCCUCCAGCUACACCGCGCAUUUUACUCCAAUUGCCACCCCAAAGCUCUGGGCAGAUUUGUACAACCGUAGUACGAGUAUAGACCCAAACGCUUUCGAUAUCCCCUGGGUCGUCAUGCUGUCACAAUUCGACUUUUUGUCCACAGAAGCCAAAGAGACGAUUGCCUCUCAGCAGCUCAGCAACGGCACCAAGAUGCAAAACUUCAACCUCGAACCACCUCUCGCACCAAACGUACGGACUGCGUGGGAGUUUACCCACCCUCUCCCACCGGCCGUUCUAGCCCAGUCUUCGCUACGUAAGGGCGGAUCGGCCGUAGGCGGUGGAGGCGGCUUCUGUGGAGGCGAUGGCGCGAACGAACACAACUUGCGUUAUUGCAGGAUCACAUUCCCAAUUCAAGAGCCUGGUGUCUGCCAUGGCUUGGGCGCCUACUUUGAGACUGUGCUGUACAGUGGUUCCGAAGGCCCUGUUGAACUAAGUACUAACCCCGUUACCAUGGAUCAGAAGAGCAAGGACAUGAUUUCAUGGUUCCCAAUCUUGUUCCCUCUCAAGAACCCUAUGCAGCUGCCCGCCAACUCAGAGGUCGAAGUCAGUUUCUGGAGACAGACCGAUGACUGCAAGGUGUGGUAUGAAUGGCUCGUGGAAAGCUACAUGAUGAUCAAUGGCCAGCGUGUGCGCUUGAGUGUCUCUGACUUGCACUCAAGCAAGUCGAACGGUUGCAUGAUGUGA